AUGCUCGACCCAGAAAAACAGCGAGAAGUUAGGGAGGAGUGGAAGCGGGAGGGAUGGACGCGGCACGUAACAUCGACAUUGCGAUGCGCGAUCGACGCGAACGCGCUAGAGGCCUACGCCGAAAGGCCAGAGGCCAACGUGGUGCCCGUAGAUAAGCACGGGGUGCCGUAUCGGGGCACGUACAGCAUCCAGAUUCCUGACGGUCUCGGCGAGGGUCAGCAAUUCCAAGCCGAAGUCGGGGGCCAAAUGAUGCUCCUCACCGUGCCGCCGGGCUAUUCGGGCGGCAUGCCACUCAAGGUCGAUGCGCCGGCAGCGGCGGUCAACGUGCAGAACCAGAUGAAGCACACCUCGUCGGCGGGAACGGGCACCGAGGAGUGGGGAAGCGUCUUCGGCUGCUUUGACGACAUGGGCGGCUGCCUCUACGUGUCGUGCUGCCUUCCGUGCGCUAAAUGCGAGAUGGGCGACAUGAUUGGCGCCGACGUGACGGUCGGACAGUCUAAGGAGACGGCGCCCAGCUUCCUCGGCUUCGGCUCGCAGAUCCAAAACUACUGCUCCUACAUUCCCUACUGCUGCGGCCCCUGCAUCGCGCCGGUGGCAUGCCUGGACAAGUGCUGGUGCAACUAUGACGUCAAUAUUCUCAAGGCUGCGGCCGUCAAGCUCGACAAGAACGCUGUCAGCCCAGGCCCGUGCGACAACGUGUGCCUCCAGGUCAUGUGUUGCGGCAGCUGCACCUACUGCCUCAUCUAUAGCGAGCUCAAGGCGGCCAAGGCCGGCGGUACCCCGGAGGCGACCGAGAUGGCCCGCUCCUGA